GAGGAGUGGCUGGGGCUGGAGGACUCCAUGCGGGGGCCAUGGACAGAGCGGCGCUCCUGGGACUGUCGCGCCUGUGCGCGCUGUGGGCAGCCCUGCUCGCGCUGUUCCCCUGCGGAGCCCAGGGAAAUUGGAUGUGGUUGGGCAUCGCGUCCUUUGGGGUUCCGGAGAAGCUGGGCUGCGCCAACUUGCCGCUGAACAGCCGCCAGAAGGAGCUGUGCAAGAGGAAACCGUACCUGCUGCCGAGCAUCGGAGAGGGCGCGCGGCUGGGCAUUCAGGAGUGCAGGAGCCAGUUCCGGCACGAGAGGUGGAACUGCCUGGUCACCGCCGCCCCGCCGGGCACCAGCCCCCUUUUUGGCUACGAGCUGAGCAGCGGCACCAAGGAAACAGCGUUUAUUUAUGCUGUGAUGGCUGCAGGCCUGGUGCAUUCUGUGACCAGGUCCUGCAGUGCAGGCAACAUGACCGAGUGCUCCUGCGACACCAGCUUGCAGAGCGGCGGCUCCGCCAGUGAAGGCUGGCACUGGGGGGGCUGCUCGGAUGAUGUCCAGUAUGGCAUGUGGUUCAGCAGGAAGUUCCUAGAUCUCCCCGUCAGAAACAGCACAGGAAAAGAAAGCAAAGUACUGUUAGCAAUGAAUCUACACAACAACGAAGCCGGAAGGCAG